AUGGCAAUCUACGAUCUAGAUUCCCGCAUUCCUUCUUUGAUUUCCAAUGGCGUACAGACCAACCAUCGCUCCUUUUUUGUACUGGUCGGCGACAAAGGUCGUGAUCAGGUAGUUACUCUAUAUUAUUUACUCUCCAAAGCCAGAGUUGCUUCACGUCCUUCUGUACUAUGGUGCUACAAGAAAGAACUUGGGUUUAGCAGCAAUCGCAAAAAGAGAAUGGGUCAGAUCAAGAAGCAGAUUGCUAGAGGAGCCAGAGAUCCGGACGAGGAUGAUCCGUUUGAGUUGUUUGUGUCGUCCACUUCAAUUCGAUAUGCCUACUACAAAGAAACCGAAAAGAUUCUUGGAAAUACAUUUGGAAUGUGUGUUUUGCAGGAUUUUGAGGCUCUGACUCCGAAUUUACUUGCUCGCACCAUAGAGACCGUUGAAGGAGGUGGCAUCGUUGUCCUUUUGCUCAAAACCAUGACUUCUCUCAAGCAGCUCUACACCAUGACUAUGGAUGUACAUAGUAGAUAUAGAACUGAAUCUCAUCAAGACACAGUUGCCAGAUUCAAUGAACGCUUCAUUCUGUCGCUUGGUGGAUGCGAAACGUGUUUGGUUCUUGACGAUGAACUCAAUGUUUUGCCUUUGAGCGCUGGAAAGAACGUAAAGCCACUUCCUCGUGCAGCAGACGAUUCUACACUACUAACUCCACCACAGAUUGAACUCGCUGAGCUAAAAGAAUCUCUCAAGGAUACUCAGCCUGUAGGAUCGUUGGUUGGCUGCGCAAAGACUUUGGAUCAGGCACGAGCAGUACUUACGUUUAUCGAGGCAAUUGCCGAAAAAACACUUCGAUCCACUGUCACACUCACUGCAUCUCGUGGUCGUGGAAAAUCUGCUUCCCUCGGUAUUGCUAUUGCCUCUGCUAUUUCGUACGGCUAUUCAAACAUUUUCAUCACCUCCCCCAGUCCUGAAAACAUCAAAACUCUUUUUGAAUUCAUAUUUAAAGGAUUCGAUGCACUUGGGUACGAGGAGCAUUUGGACUAUGAUAUUAUCCAGUCAACAAACCCUGCAUUUCAAAAGUCGAUUGUUCGUGUCAACUUUUUCCGUGAUCAUCGUCAAACUAUUCAAUGGAUUCAACCUUCUGAUUUUGGUAUACUUGCACAAGCUGAACUUUUAGUGAUUGACGAAGCUGCUGCUAUUCCGCUCCCUGUUGUCAAAAAGUUGCUUGGUCCUUAUUUGGUAUUUAUGGCAUCCACUAUCAAUGGAUACGAGGGAACUGGUCGAUCUCUUUCGUUAAAAUUGAUACAACAGCUGCGUGAACAGUCUCGUGGAUUUGAUGGAAACAAGGCUGAAAAAUCCAAUAGUAUUAUAGUCGGUCGCGAUGGCAAAGAAAAUCGCUCUCUUCGCGAGAUUAAAUUGGAAGAGCCUAUUCGUUAUAAUAUCAAAGAUCCUGUAGAGUCUUGGCUCAACAAACUGCUGUGUUUGGACUGCUGCACUCCAGCUAGUUCCAAAUCCCGUAUUGCUUCAGGAUGUCCACACCCAUCCAAGUGUGAACUCUACUAUGUUAAUCGUGAUACACUUUUCAGCUACCAUCCCGUAUCUGAAGCCUUUUUGCAAAUGAUGAUGUCGCUAUAUGUUGCUAGCCACUACAAAAACAGUCCCAACGAUUUGCAGUUGCUAAGUGAUGCGCCUGCUCAUCAUCUGUUUGUCCUUCUUCCACCCAUUGAUGAGCGCAAUGUAAAUGUACUUCCAGAGCCUUUAUGUGUUGUCCAAGUAUGUAUGGAAGGAACCAUUGCUAAAGGAUCUGCGCUUGCAUCGCUUUCCCGUGGUGUGCGUGCAUCUGGAGAUCUUAUUCCCUGGGUCGUCACUCAACAGUUCCAAGACGAUGAUUUUGCCUCUCUCUCUGGUGCACGUAUUGUGCGUAUUGCUACUCAUCCAGACUACACUGGCAUGGGAUAUGGUGCACGUGCCGUGGAACAAAUGGAAGCAUACUAUAGUGGUAAAAUCCAGUCGCUUAGUGAAGUGCAGACCGUUGUCAAAGAAGAGUUUACUCGUGUAUCUGAUCAGGAGCUUUCCAAUGCAUCUCUUAAAACUGAUGCUGUUUCUAUUCGCGAUCCAGCAAAAAUGCCUCCACUUUUGUUGAAACUUUCUGAACGUCCACCACGCGAACACCUUCAUUGGCUCGGUGUUUCUUAUGGCAUCACUUCGUCUCUUCACAAAUUUUGGAAACGUGCUGGGUUUGCUCCGGUUUAUAUGCGUCAAACUUCCAACGACCUGACUGGAGAACAUACAUGCAUUAUGUUGAAGCAAGUGCAUCGCAGUGGUGGACAGGUACAAAUAGGCAGCAAUACUUGGCUAAAAGAGUUUUCAUGGGAUUUUCGUCGUCGAUUUCUUGAGCUUUUGGCAUUCCAGUUUCGUACUUUUUUGCCUCAAAUGGUAUUAAGUAUUAUUGAUGCUACAGGCGUAAAACUAUCACCUGGAAUGUCUUCCACUGAUACAGAUGAUGUGCACCGGAGAUACACACCGUUUGAUUUAAAGCGGCUCGAUUCCUACACACAAAACCUGCUCGACUACCAUGUUAUUAUUGAUUUGAUUCCUCAACUGUCUCGUGGAUAUUUUAUGCAAGACAUGUCUGGCUGGAAAUCGCUAUCUGAUGGUGGUAUGGGCAACGAAGUAAAACCGCCAGCACUUUCAGCUGUCCAAGCAUCGAUUUUUAUUGGUAUCGGCAUGCAGAAAAAAACAGUCGAAGAGUUGGAAGUUGAACUCGGAUUGCCUGUUAGUCAAAUUUUGGCACUGUUUGGAAAAGCGGUUAAAAAAUUUAGUAUAUAUCUAAAUGGGCUGGUUGAAAUGGGUGUUACACAAGAUGUGAAUAGCAAGAUUGACAAUUCCAAAGUAUUCAAGUCGGACAUGAAUGGAUCGAAUUCUGAAGCAAGGGAUAUGCUGGACGAUGAGGCUUGGGAUCCCAUCAAAAUGACUUUGGAUGAGGAUUUGGAUGAGGCUGGAAAUGAAGCCAUGAGUCAGUUUAAAGAGAAACAGCGCGAGAUGAUCAAUUCUCUCAAUCUCUCCAGGUAA